CUGCGCGCAUAAUUCCGAACGCAUUAAAAAGGGAUUAGCGAGAAUUUUCAGUGGAAAAUUUGAUUACGAGCAGGUAACAUCAUAAAAGUGACAGAUGCGGGAAACGGAUAAGCAAUAUUUUCCGCACAGAUAUUUAUGGCAGUUCUGAAAUUGCGCACACAUCAACUGGAUAUAAAGAGGGUCGGGGGCAAAAGGAAGUCAGUAGCAAGCCAGCAACGUCAAGCUUCACAUUAACUUCCUGAUCAACAAAGCAAAAGCGAUAAUGUCGACCAACGAAACCAACCAAGUACUUCAGCGCCUGAACAGCUUGAAAAUUGUGGAAACUCCCAGGGAGCAACGAGAAUUGGUCAGCCGGGAGUGUUAUUCCCUAGACAGCAAGAAGUAUCCCUUAGUACCAGCCACCCCCAGCAGCGGAGGACCAGGAAAGUUUCAAACUGAGCUCAAGAAACGUCGCAAAAACAAAAUGAAUCGAAUGUACACUUACGAGGCGGACAAGCACUUCAUCAAGGCUCGCAAGUCUUUGAAUUUCUAGUCAUAACA